AUGAUCGAUAGAUUAUUCAAUGAUGACGAAAAUCAAAUUCUAGAAGCUUUAUCUGAAUAUCAGAGAAUAAUAAAUCAGAGUUUGAAAAAAACCCAAGCUUCUCAUUUUGAAUUUACAGUUUUGUCAUUAGGCAUUCAUGCAGAAAGUAGACAACUUGACAUUCAGAUCAUCACUCUUGACGUCGUUUCUCGUCUUGUGGAAUUAUUAACAUCCGAAAAUGACAAAAUUCAAAAGAAAGCUCUGAGAAUUUUGCUAAAUGUAGCCGGAGGAUCAUCAAAGCAAACGAAAUAUGUUGUCGAUGCUGGUACUGUACCAAUUCUGAUUCAAUUAAUACAAAGUCCGAACGAAAUCACUCAAGAAGAUGCUAUUUGGAUGCUUUCAAAUAUAGCCGGAGACAAUAAGAACUAUCGGGAUUUCGUUCUUGAUCAUGGUAUACUCGAACCAUUGUUAAAUGUUUUAUCUGACGACACACGUACACUAACAAUGUNUCGUAUGGAAUUUAAUACUAAGAUCAACAUCACAUUAAAUCAAAUGAAAUUAACAACAGUAAAAGCAUUUGCUCGAACUCUAGAUCUUCUACGUUCAACCAUACAGGGUAAUGCAUUAAUCGGUUUAUUUACAUCAUCGUGGAAGUUUGUUAAGAUCAAUAAUACGGAAGGAGAUAAUUCAAUGUUUCUCACUGUACCUACCAAUCAAAAUACAACAUGUUCGUGUAUUACUACUAAAUCUUGUUCUCAACCAGCUCAAGUAUUCAAUUAUGAUGGAGCACUUCGUUACACUUGUCAAGGUAUCGUGAUGGGUUGUUCACUUCUUGAAAGUAUUCUACAAUCAUCAUUCUCAUGUUUUUAUUCGAUGAAAUGUGUUAAAGAAAUUCGCACUGCAUUUUCUCUCGUUUGGCCUGAAGAUUUGGAAACAUGGGCUAACGAGACAAAUACAACUAUUACAAUGAAUGCACAAUUAACACGAUUUUCUAUAGAUGCCACAUUCGAAACAUUGGCUUAUAACAUGUUUAUUGAAUCGUGGAUCACAAAUGUUUCAUACGAGAUGUUUUUUAAUUCAUGUCAACCAGAAAAAUGCGCGUAUAUGUAUCAUCGUCGAUUUGAUAUUUUACAACUUUUAACUAUAUUUUUGAGUUUAUUCUCUGGUGUUUCUCUUGCAUUACGAUUUCUUCUGAUACAUGCAGUUAUAUUAAUCGAAAGUAUGAAAACAGAUGUUCGCGUAUUGCCAACUGAAUAA